AAUUAACUUAUAAUUAAUUCUCACUUGUACAUAUUUUUUAAUUAGAUAAUUAAUUAUUUUUUUUUAUUGAAAAAAAGAAUUUAUAUAUAAAAUACAAAAUGUCAAACGAAGUUGAAAGAUUCACAUUCCAAGCUGAAAUUAAUCAGCUCAUGUCUCUCAUCAUUAAUACUUUCUAUUCAAACAAGGAAGUAUUUUUAAGAGAAUUGAUUUCAAAUGCCUCUGAUGCCUUAGAUAAAAUCCGUUACCAAUCAUUAACUGAUAACUCUGUCUUAGACUCAAAGAAAGAACUUGAAAUUAAAAUCAUCCCAGAUAAAGAAAACAAAACCUUAACCAUUAUUGAUAGUGGUAUUGGUAUGACUAAAGCCGAUAUGGUCAAGAAUCUUGGUACUAUUGCCCGUUCAGGUACCAAAAAUUUCAUGGAACAAUUACAAUCAGGUGCUGCUGAUAUCUCUAUGAUUGGUCAAUUUGGUGUUGGUUUCUACUCUGCUUACCUCGUUGCUGAUACUGUUAUUGUUCACUCAAAGAACAAUGAUGAUGAACAAUAUGUUUGGGAAUCAAGUGCUGGUGGUGAAUUCACUAUUGCUCUCGAUCACACCGAACCAUUAGGUCGUGGUACUAAAAUCAUCCUCCACAUGAAAGAAGAUCAAUUAGAUUACUUAGAAGAAAAGAAAAUCAAAGACCUCGUCAAAAAACACUCUGAAUUCAUUCAAUACCCAAUCAGUCUUUUAACCAUCAAAGAAAAAGAAGUUGAAGAAGAAAAAGAAGAAAAAACUGAAGAAGAAUCAACUGAUGCUAAAAUCGAAGAAAUCGAAGAAGAAAAAGAAAAAACCAAAAAGAAAGUUCAAGAAAAAGAAUGGGAUGUUCUCAACAAGACCAAACCACUCUGGACUCGUAACCCAUCUGAUGUUAACAAAGAAGAAUACAACAGUUUCUACAAAUCAAUUUCAAAUGAUUGGGAAGAACCAUUAGCCGUCAAACACUUCUCUGUUGAAGGUCAACUUGAAUUCAAAGCCAUCCUCUUUGUUCCAAAGAGAGCUCCAUUCGAUUUAUUCGAAUCAAAGAAAAAACACAACAACAUCAAACUCUACGUUAAACGUGUCUUCAUUAUGGACAACUGUCAAGAAAUUAUCCCAGAAUACCUUAACUUUGUCAGAGGUAUUGUCGAUUCAGAAGAUUUACCACUCAACAUUUCUCGUGAAACCCUCCAACAAAACAAAAUCCUUACUGUCAUUCGUAAGAAUUUAGUCAAGAAAUGCUUAGAACUCUUCAACGAAAUCUCAGAAAACACUGAAGACUACAAGAAAUUCUACGACUCAUUCUCAAAGAACCUCAAAUUAGGUAUCCACGAAGACAGCCAAAACAGAGAAAAGAUUGCCGAUCUCCUCCGUUAUCAAACCUCAAAGACUGGUGAUGAAAUGACCACCCUCAAAGAAUACGUCUCACGUAUGAAAGAAGGUCAAAAUGAAAUCUACUACAUUACUGGUGAAUCAAAGAAAGCCGUUGAAAACUCACCAUUCAUCGAAGGUCUCAAAAAGAAAAACCUCGAAGUCAUCUACAUGGUUGACCCAAUCGAUGAAUAUGCUGUUCAACAACUUAAAGAAUAUGACGGUAAGAAAUUAGUUUCAAUCACCAAAGAAGGUCUCAAACUCGAUGAAACCGAAGACGAAAAGAAAAAAGCUGAAGAAGACAAAGCUGCCAACGAAAACCUCCUCAAACAAGUUAAAGAAGUUCUCGGUGACAAAAUCGAAAAAGUCGUUCUUUCAAACCGUCUUGCUAACUCACCAUGCGUUUUAGUUACCUCUGAAUACGGUUGGUCAGCCAACAUGGAACGUAUCAUGAAAGCUCAAGCCCUUCGUGAUAACUCUAUGUCAACUUAUAUGUCAAGCAAAAAGACCUUUGAAUUAAACCCAGAUCAUCCAAUCGUCCAAGAACUUAGAAAGAAAGCCAACGAAAAAGCUAAAACCUUCAAAGAUUACGUCUUUUUAUUAUAUGAAACCGCUCUCCUUACCUCUGGUUUCUCAUUAGAUGAACCAUCAUCAUUUGCUUCACGUAUCCACCGUAUGAUCAAACUUGGUUUAAGUAUUCAAGAUGAUUCAAGUGCUUCAACUUCAACCGCUGAAGAAACCACCACCACCGGCGAUGAUCUCCCAGAUCUUGAAGAAGAUAACAAAAACUCUGUCAUGGAAGAAGUAGAUUAAACAAUCUUUUAAAAUAAUUAAAUUAAUAAAAUUUUAAAUUAAAAAAAAGUAUCAUUUUUUUUUUCAUAUACUGU